AGACAAACAUCCAAUUUUGUCAUCACAAGGAGGUCAUGGGUUUUGUGCUAUUAAGGAUAUACACAUUGUAUAUAUAUUCUCUAUUAACAAUACUGUAGUUAAGCCGGCUUGGCAUUCACCGACCAUUUAUUACUGCACUCACUCAACAUCUCCAUGCACAUCGUCGUUCUCGACUCAAAAUAGAAUUUUGAAGAAAACGAGUAAAUGAGGGGUCAAUGCACAUUUUCCAUCUCCACUCCAGUGUGAAUUCAAAGGAAGGACAGAAGUUUGAUAAGGAUUUCGAAACCAAUUUUUUUGUUUGGAAACCCAAAAGUUUGUUGGGUGUGGAUAGGCGUGUUUUUUUGAGAUGUGAACAACGACAAGCAUUUAAAAGGCUUCUAGUUUGAAUGGGCUGUGCAGGAGGAAUGUGGAGAUAUGGUAGUGAUUAAAAUUGUGUUGCAGGCCUGAGAAAGAUCUGUUGCUGCUGGGGAGAGGUAUUUGGGACUUGAAGUGUUUGAUAAAUUGUCUGCAUUGAGGAGCUCUUUGGUGUUGGUGGUAGUCCUGCAAUCAAAUCCCGACAAAUGUUUUUUUUUCUUUGGCAUCUCAGAUUGCGAAAAUUGGUUUGAGAUUCAUUUACUGGGUGUUGAAGCAGUCAGUCUUAAUCCAAGUUUGUAUCUUAAGAGGUGUGAGAUAAGCUUUCUCGAACUUUUGAUUUAGUGGGUAUUGAAACGGUCAAUCUUUGUUCAACUUUUUUGUUUAAUAUUUUGGAAGAGGCAAAUAGUUUCUUGUGAAUCGACUAAGUCGGUGAUGAAGCAAUCUUUCUGAUGUGAAAUGGAGGCCUAACUUGUUAGGUUUAAGGCUUGAGCAGAUAAAGUGGUCGUUUUAGAAACAGGCAAUCCCAAUUUGAGCCGGGCAAUGAGGCUUUGGAAGACCUAAGUUUUGUUUCUCUCUUGGAUUCAUUUGGCAGGUAUCCAGAGCAGAUAAUCUUACUGUUCGCUUGGUGUGCGAGAUCUCGUAAGGCCUAAAUUCUCUGGUUUGAUAUAUUCUUGUCCGUAGGAAGCCAUCAAAGCCAAUUCACUAGAGCUGGAUUUCGCUCUUUUGGAAGGCCUGAUAAACUUUUCAUGGUUCAGUGAGCAAGUAAUUGAAACAGAGGAUCUUAAUGUUGGUUGGUGUCUGAGAUCUAGGAAGGCCAAAACAAUAUGGUUUGGAUUUGAUUCACUGGGUUUUGGAGCACCGUAUCCUCAAAUUGAUUUCUAUGAUUUUGGUAGAAGCAUUGCAUCUUCAUGUUGAUUCUGGAGAUAUUUGCAGAUGAAAUAACAAUUUUUUUGGGUUGAUAAUAAGGCGGGCUUAGAGGCACUGCCUGACUGAAUAUGUGAUGCUUUGGAUUCCUUGAAGUAAUGCAGUCAUUAUCAUUGCAAGUUCCAAUUUUGACUAUCAGGUUUUCACAGUAAAAUUGGGUUGGUUCAAUAAUGCAGCUGAUAUAGGAACAAGUCCCAAUCUCUGACUUUUCCAUUUAUUAAAAUGGAGUCAAUCCGAGGACGAGUUUAUUCUCUUGGAAAUAACAGAAAGCUCGAAACUUGAAAGUUUCUGAAAGUUUCUGCUUGGGUUUUAAGGCCUGCGGAAUUCAAUGCAACAGCUUUGACUAUUUCGAUGCAUGGAAGUAUAUUCUUCAUGAAGGAUUUUCCCUGAGAGGAGUACCCCUUUUGUGUCCCCCUUUUAUUCAAAUGAUGGGAGCUAUUUUACUUAUAUCCAGGUAGAGAAUGCAUAUUCUCGUUGCUUAAAUCUCAGUGCAUUGAUGAUUCAGAGGCUGGAUGCCUCGAGGGAGUAUUAUUUGAGUUGACCUGUAAGUUUAUUGGCAUAACUAGAUUAGGGCAGUGGAGGUAUCACAUUGGAAUUCUUUAUGGCAGAACCCAGAUAUUUUCUGGGUUGCGGAAGAAUAUUACAGGAUAGGAAAUGCGAUCAUUCUAUAUGGAGUUAUCCUCUGAUGGGCUUGGGCAGGAGUUCUGAUGGACUAUUCUGGGCCAAAUUUGCUUUUCUUUGUACAAUUUUCAUGAUAUCCUUUGUGGGCUCAUAUGGUACGACCAGUCCUUAUGAAUCCGUAUUAGCAGUAUCUGUGAAUGAUACCAAUUCUCGGAUAUCAGUGGAUAAUAUACUUCAGGACUAUGCUUUCAGAGCGAUCAAUUUCACGCACCCUAGAACAGGUAUUAUCUACGAGGGCACGGUACCUGCAAACCUAUCUGGUAUUAAAGUUGAUGGAGUUCGUCUUAGAAGUGGCAGCUUGAGGAGGCGUGGUUAUCUCUAUAAUGAAUUUACUAUGCCCACAGGCAUUGUGGUGAGCCCAUAUGUAGAAAGGUUAGUUCUUGUUUAUCAGAACUUUCAGAAUUUGUCUUCUCUGUAUUAUAGUACACCUGAAUUUCAGUUAGUAGCACCAAUUUUAGGUCUCUUAGCAUAUGAUGCUUCCAAUCUAAAUGCUACCAAUCCUCAAGAACUCAGCUUUAUUGCAACCGAAAGUCCUAUUUCAAUUAGGUUCAGUAAUGUGUCCUCCACAAAAGGAUCGACUCCCAGGUGCAUCUUCUAUAAUUUGAAUGGGACAGUGAGCCUUAGCAAUGUGAGUUCUACAAAUGUUUGUUCUUCUAAUUCCCAAGGUCAUUUCUCUUUGGUGAUAGAAUCUGUUGCCCCUGCCCCUGCCCCUUCCCCCGUUACACCGCCUUCGCCACCAUCUCCAUCUGGUGGCGUUCCUCCUACGAUGCCUACGACUCCAAGUUCUGGUUUAGUGCCCCCACCUGGAAAAACAUCGCAAACAUGGAAAGUUGCUGUUGGAUCUUCAAUUGGUGGGGUAGCUGCUGCUGUUCUGGUAGGCAUCCUCUGUUUUGGGUUUCUCAAGUACAGGGAGAAGUCACAGAUUGAGCAUAUGGAACUUCAGGCUGAGCAAGCAGAGACACUACAAACUUCAGUGGUUGGAGGGAACAGGACUCUAAUAGCAGGUGGCACUAGAACACAGCCAAUGCUGGAGAAUGAAUACACUGCUUAGAAUGUAGCCAUUGGUUUCAGGAUGAAAACCACAGGGGUGGUUAAGGGUUUUGGUGCAGCCAGACUUUUGCAGGCAUAGAUUGAAUGGCUUGUUAUCUGGCCAUCGUUGUGAUGACUUGUCCUGCUUUAUCCUCCUUUUUGUGCUAUUUUUGGGGUGCAUCCUGGAAUUUCAUCCUUGGUGUUCAUAUCUUUAACAUCCAUUGAUCUUCUUUAUUAAGGAUGAUUUCAAGACAGAAGUGCAUCAAGCUAUUUCUUGAAUUCUGCUGCAGCUUUCAGGUGAUACUUCCUAUUGGGAAUGUUGCUUAUCAGGGAAGUGAGUAUUAGUUUUCCUUUAAUGGCUUUCUGUCAUUCUCUCAGGGAUCCCUACGUUUGUAUUGUUUAAGAAGUGCUUGGUAUUCUAAUUCUUUUUUUUCUAUUUGUAUAGAAGGGCGUCCUAAAUGCCAUAGAAAUUCAUUUAUAUUCUUUCCUUGUACCCUUUUUGGAAAGGCCUCUCCAACACCAUUUGUGACUUAUAGAGACAGUAUUUGAUCUCUGUUGUUGUGUACCAUCUUGUCUUCGAUGCUGGGCAUAGAUGUCAAAUCAGCUGGCAUAUUAGAGCAAAUUCAAAAUCAUUUCACAUCUGUGCUCUAUCAUGUAAACUGCAUCAAUGGGAUUGUAUUUUUAAUUAUUUUAAAAUAAAUAUCAAAGCCGUGGAGCUUUUGAGCUU